AUGAAGAUCAGUUUUGCUAUAGCCUUGUUUGCUGGCCUUUCAAUUACAAAAGAGUUCUAGGGCAUUAAUAUUAUGGCAUUGAAUUCUAACGUACCUGCUACUAAUUUCUAAGCAAAUUUAUACUCUACUUCAGAUACCUUAGCACAAGUCGAUACAAAGAAUGAGAACAAUGAUUAAAUAAUGUCUGACGUCUACCAUAAUGCUAAUGACUUCUUUGAUAAGACUAUUGAAGAUAUGCACAAGAACAAGCAAAAUAUGGAUAAUGUAAACAAGUAAGCCUAAGAUAUAGUUGAGAAUAUGAAAAAGAGUUCACAAGAAAUGGUAGACAGAUUUAUUGAGUAAAUGAAGGAGCAAACUGAAAACAAUGAAGGUCAACAGUAAACAUAAACAUAGACCUAAACUUAACAGAAUUCAACAAAUGAAGAAGAGAAACCAUAGGUAAUUGAAGUACCAACUAGUUAUGAAACUUAAUAAAACAAGACAAAUUCUUACAAUUCUUCAAGUUCAUCAGAUUCAUAAAUUUCUAAUUAAGAGAAUAGGAAUAUUGAAAAGGACAAUCUUAAUAAAUAGGAGGAGUAGACAGAGUAAGAACAAAUCGAUCCAGCAAUUAAGAGUGCUUAGGAUGCUCUUAAUUAAUAUGACUAAUAAAUUUAAGAGAUGAUUGACUAAAUAAACAAGAACCAUGACAAGUUGAAUUCUAAUUAACCCAGUAUGAAUUUAGUUUCACUUGAAGUAGAUCAGAUUUCAUCCUCAGAAAAAGCAAAGAAGAACUCCAUUAAGACUCAAAUCUUUAAAAUCAAUGAAGUAAAGCUAGAAAGAAGAUAAAAAAUUCUAGUAGAUGUUGACAUUGAGACCCAGCUUUGA